CCCCAACGAAACACUAUGCAGCCAAACCACUAUGACCUGCUGGGUCAGGUGCGUAAUGAGCCCAGGAGGAUGACGCGAGAGGACUAUCAGCCGCUGCACGAGAAUGCGCUUCAGUCACAUUCCCCGUCCGGUGCGGCGCCCUCGAGAACAGAAGAUUCCUGGAUCGAGGUCGCAUCCCAACUCUCCUCCUCAUCCCUAUCUUCCGCCAAUGACGACAUCAUCACCACCGGUCUGCGCGUUCAACAGCAAGGAUUCAAUCGUUCUCGCAGCCAGCGGCAUGUUGCCGUCACCACGCAGAAUGGUUACUCUUCGAGAGACGCAAGCAGCAGUCAGGAUGAAUACGAGGAGAGUGAGAGCGAGUCAGACCGUGUCCUCAGUAGCUCCAACGAAGAAAUCAACCGGAAGCCACCGUCGCUCCAACAGAAUCGACCUUCCCCAUCGACGUUGGAUGCUGCCUCGAGUGAUGACGAUGAUAACUCAACGGCCCUGGGAACGCGGAUUAGCACUUCCCGAUUCGUGCCUCAGCCCAACGUCUUUUCCCACCCGCCUGCGUCCCGGAACCCUUCUUGGACUAGGGCUAUGGAUACCCGCCGUCCUGAGCCUAGCGAGGCAUCCAACUCCAGCCGUCGCACGGCGAUCCGCAUGAACUCUCAAGCAAGCGUUCGGUCUAACCGCUCAGCGCGGCAGAACCAGCAACACAGCCCGUUUAACAUGCUCUCACCAUCUCAUCAGGCUGACCACGAUGCUGCUCUCCGUGCCAGUCUUUCCACCUUGCUCUCUUGUGCGGCAGCAGCACGGGGUCUGCCCAAGUCUGAACCCCAACAGUUGUCAACCGAUCCCCCCAGACAGCAAGCGUCUUCCUUCCGGUUGGUGCCAGAAUCAGCAAUGGACAGCGGCGAUGAGGAAGUCUCCCCAGCUGCUGCAGAGAGAAAUACAGCUGGACCUGUCCCAAGGAAGCAUCCCAUUUCUGGGCCUCCAUAUCCCUCCGAGGCUGCUCCUGCUCCUAGAAAGCGUCGAUCGAGCUCACCCAGGGGUGCUGGAAACCAGGCAGCAUCUAGGAAGAGCCGUCGGUCUAUACUCAACGAGUCUUUGUCUGUGAACAGUCCCACGGUCAUGACAUGGGUCGUGAGUGCGGGUGUUGUCGUCCUCUUCUCCGCCAUCAGCUUUUCGGCCGGGUAUAUGCUUGGUCGCGAGGUAGGACGAAUGGAGAUGGGUCCGGGUAUGGCUGGGGAUGGGAGCGGCACCGCCUCUGCCACCUGUGGCCAGCAAGCAGUGAAGGGAGGUCUGAAGAGAUUUCGAUGGGGCUCUUCUGCUACCGGAUCAGGUAUUCUUGCCUAAGUGACGCCCUUUGAGCCUUGUGAGUGGUUUAUGGUUACGGGAUUGACAUGGCAUGGUGAUGAGCUCUCUUUCAUUCAACGUCGUCAUGGAUCAUGCCUAGGCUACUGGGGUGGAAACGGGUUGAAUUCGGUUUUUAUAGUUUGCCAGCGUCAAAUGUUUUCCUGUUAUGCAGCGGGAUCGGAUUGGGUAUUCUACGUUUUGUUUAAUUUGGGAUGGACGACCUGCAAAAUUGGUUCCACGGUCUUACGGUUUUAUAUGGAGGGUUGUUCUGGAGUUUGGGUUUGUUGUCAUUUAUACCCUGAUAGCCCUGAUAGUAAUUGAUAAUUCUAUUGUUCUAGUGCAAUUUGCUUAGUAGUCUUUUACAAGGGGGAUUAAGGUAUAAUCUAUAAUACAG